ACGGGAGCCAGCGGCCGCUGCGCCAUGGGGCCCCCCGCCGAGACCGACCUCUACCGCGACACGUGGGUGCGCUACCUGGGCUACGCCAAUGAAGUUGGAGAGUCCUUCAGAGCCAUUGUGCCCAUCUCGCUGGUCUGGGCGAGCUAUGGGGUGGCGACUACGUAUGUGACGGCUGACGCGAUUGAUAAGGGAAAGAAGGCAGCUGUUGCACAUGAACACGACGUGGGGAAGACGACGCAGGUGGCCGUGGCUGUGGUGGAUACAUUUGUGUGGCAGGCGCUGGCCUCUGUGGCUAUCCCCGGCUUCACCAUUAACCGCAUCUGUGCUGCCUCCCUCUACUUCCUGGGCACCAUGACCCACUGGCCCCUGCCCAUCCGGAAGUGGAUGACCACAGCCAUUGGCCUCUCAGCCAUUCCCGUCAUCAUCAAGCCCAUUGACAGGUCAGUGGAUUUCCUGAUGGAUUCCAGCCUCCGCAAACUCUAUGGUGCAGAAGAGAAACAUCCUCCUUCCUGAGGCAGCCCCCAAUAUGGCUAAAGCUGGGGGGGGGGGGAAGGGG